AUGGAACUCCCAAUUGAAGUGGUCCAUAACUGGGCCGACCAUGUUGAUAUUGCCAAACUCCCUCAGUCCUUUUUCAACCUGAUCAUGGAUCGCAUGUUUCCUCUACCUUUCCCUCAUAAUGAGGAAAGACCUCCAUCUCCCCUCUUGGAACCUGAUGCUGUCGAGUUUGAUCACCGCCCUGUGUUACCCCCGCGAAGCUAUUACAACGUUGAUGACCUCCAUUCGGUCCUCAAACUUGAGGAUCAAUCUCCAGUCAUUCGUCAAAAGGUCCGUCGUUGGAUCGAAAGCAAUGACCAUGCGAGGAACGGUUGGAUGGGCGCGUUGAGGGAGGAAUUCAUCUUUCAUUCCUUGCAGGAUGCACGCGCCACUAUCGCCUUCAACGGCGGGGUUCAAGCACACCCAAGACCAGACGUGAUCUGUCAAAUGGCUGCGAAAAAUACCGAGCAUAUACAUUUUUGUAUCAAAUACUGCCAGUUGAGUCCUGCGGCCUACGACCGCACAGGAAAAAGCUUGUUGGCUGCAGCCAUUUACGCCAACAACGAAGAGAGUAUGAUUAUGCUGAUUGAUAUGAUUCCUGGUCGUGUGCUCUGCAGGCCAAUGGAAGUAUCUACAAUUCCACUCCGGCAAGAUGCACCCCCAAGCUCACCGGGCAGCGAUCGCAUUGAAGAAAUAAGGGACAUAGAAGCGGAGUGGUAUUCUCCCAGUUAUAUCGAUAUUUGGAGAUGGGACGCACUGCAUUGGCUGGUUAGGCUACGGAAUCCUCUUGUGUUGCAUGCCAUGGUCUGCAAGUACAUUGAGGACCAAAUCGGUUUCCCGGAUUGGUUUCAGUCAUACGAAUACAGUCUCCGUAUCUGUCAGUUUAUACACCCCGAAACCGCCGACUUGCUAUAUAUCAAUGGCUACAACAUCUCCAGUACAUUGCUCGCAAUACCAAGGCUACGGAUUCCACCUCCUGGAGCCCAUGUGACAACCAUGACGUCCCUCGAACACCUGUGGGAAGACUACAACGAUCCCCAGGACCUUCGUCGCAACCCCGGUGUGGGAGAGUACUCCUAUAUCGAUCCGUACAUCACGAGCUCUUGGCACGAAGCAACCAAGCAUCCCGACGGGGCUAGAUUCAUGGGAUGGCUAGCAAGGAGGUCGCGACUGAGUCCAUACAUCACCAACGACAAGGGCCAUACACCGCUUCACCACGCGGCUUUGGGAAACGAAGUGAGCUGCCUGGGAUGGCUUUGUGAAUAUUUGGAGGUUCUGCACAUUUGCACCGAAAAGCAACCAAACGGUGAGCCCGACAAAAUCUAUAAUGCCGUUGUGUUAGCUGCACUUUCUCGGAGCUGGAACAGUGUCAAGGUUUUUGAUGCCAUUAUAUUCCACUCUCCAGAAGACUACCAAAACGACUUCGAAGCUGUCAAGUGUGUCUUCCGUGCUAUCAUGUACGGUCUGGACGUUUGGAUGAAAGAUGAACCACCAGAAUACGCGGGCUUCCAGACUCGGGCUAUUCCCCGAACUGGACUUCGCUUGCCCACGCCCCGACAGCUUGCUACUCAGAAGUGCCAGGCAUUUGUCGCCCGCCUGCCCGCUACGUGGGAUGGUUCCGUAGAUCAGCAACAGGUCCUUGAGGAAGCCAAGGGCUACAGUUUUCAUUUCCUUCAGCACAGUAUGCGAACACCAAGAGCCGCGACUCGAUCGAUGACGCGAGUCGAGGAACAAGCAGAGAUCAUGGAGGAGAGAGCAACCGAAUUGGAAGCCGAAUGGCGAGCCCAGUCAACCCAUCCUGAGAUGAGCGAUAAAGUCCAACUUGCGAAGGAAGCCCAGGAAGAUGGGUUUAGAAUCGUUGGUAACGAAGAAUAUUAUGCAGAAUUAGGAGAGUGCUUAAAAAAGGAACGAGCUCGAACUAAAGCGGAGCUCCAGAGGCGAGAGGAGGCUCGGUCGUGGGAGGGAACCUGGAAAAAGGUGAAGGAGGCCCUUUACGACACCCUGCCAGGGGUAGGUAAUAUGAUUUAA